CAUACAACAUUUCGUCACUUCGUGGGCGGAGUAAAAUCUCUCGCUUCUCCUCUUCCUAUGGACGGAAAGCAUUUUUUGUACCAGCUGGGCCUGUGAAUGGGAUAUAACCACUUUUCCAUGGUGCAAAAAAGUUAUUCACUAUUUUUCCAGCUACAACUGUUUGUUACGUAUCUGUGGUUGGAGCACGCCAGGCAUGAGUGGUGCACACCUAGGCGAGUGGCAGAGGAGGUCCUUUGACAUUUCAUCUGGCACCUGCGCACCUGAGCAGACGGCAGACGCCUAUCGGGCGCACAUCCUCGCCAUUCAAUAUGCAUGGGCGAGCUCCCAGCUCUCUCAGGCCGGCACGGCCAGCCUGCUCAGGACUUACUCUGAACGCUAUGCCGCAGUGCUGGACUCGGACGACCCUCGCACGGGGCUUAACAACUAUGCAGAGAGUGCACUGCACCUGGCCCGCAGUCAGAGGAACCACAGCGACAAAUGGGAGUCGUCCCUGACAACUGUGAAUGUGCUGGAGCUGCCGUGCGUGCAGAAGAUGAUUCAGGCUGGGACAGGGGGUGGAAAGUCCCUGGUGGCACCUGCAGAUGUUAAUGUCACUGUUGGACAAGAGAGCAGAGGCAGCUCCCUGCCUGUUGUUUCCUCCACUGUACUCAGAGCUGCAGAGCCUCCAUUCAAACCCCUGGGACCCACAUCAUGGCCCAAGGCUGCGGGCAACAGCACUUUCAGCAAUUUACAGAGUAUUACUGCAGAGAGACCAAGAGGCCCUGAGGGAUUCCCCAGCCACCACAAUUCCUCUGCUGGCCCCUCAGGAAGUACUCAGUCUCUGUUUGGCCAGCACGCCUCAGCUCCACCACAUCCAAACCCAGGCGCUGAAGCGAACCAAUCUGUCUUCUUCAACUCUAACCCCUCCAAGAGGAAGACAUUCUAUAACUCCUGUGGAGAGAGUGGCAGAGGGGGGGCAUCUAGAGGGCAAGAUCCACGUGGUGGUGGCACUAACUUCAAAACUGCAAGGGAGCAGUUUAUUGUUGAUCAGCAGAAAAAGCACUCCAACCAGCCCCAGAGAGCUCAGCAGCCCCCUGGGAUGGUGGUUGCCAUGGGGAAUGCCACGAAGAAGUCACUGGGGGCCAACAGGCCACGGGGGACAUUUUCCAAAUUUGUAUCCCCAAUGCCAAGGCAAGAGGACAAGGAGGGUGGGGUCGGGAGCAACAAUGCCCAGGAGACUCAGCCAGUAGACGAGCGUCUGAAAAACUUUGAGCCAAAGAUCAUUGAGUUGAUCAUGAGUGAAAUUAUGGACCACGGGCCGCCCGUAGCCUGGGAUGACAUUGCUGGCCUGGAGUUUGCCAAAGCCACCAUCAAGGAGAUUGUUGUGUGGCCUAUGCUCCGGCCUGACAUCUUCACUGGCCUCCGUGGUCCACCCAAAGGCAUUCUCCUAUUUGGGCCCCCGGGGACAGGAAAAACUCUGAUUGGGAAGUGCAUUGCUUGCCAGUCAGGCGCCACCUUCUUCAGCAUCAGCGCCUCAUCUCUCACCUCAAAGUGGGUGGGGGAGGGAGAGAAAAUGGUGAGAGCACUCUUCGCCAUUGCCCGCUGCCACCAGCCAGCAGUCAUCUUCAUCGACGAGAUAGACUCUCUGCUGUCCCAGCGUACGGACGGGGAGCACGAGUCAUCCCGGCGGAUAAAGACUGAGUUCCUGGUUCAGUUGGACGGGGCGGCCACCUCAGCCGACGACCGCAUCUUGGUGGUGGGGGCCACCAACCGCCCUCAGGAGAUAGACGAGGCGGCUCGGCGCCGCCUUUCCAAACGCCUCUACAUCCCCCUUCCCGAGGCAGCCGCAAGACGGCAGAUAGUCUCUAACCUCAUGGCCUGCGAGAAAAGCCAGCUGGAAGAGGAAGAGCUGGAGAACGUGGUCACAGGGACGGAGGGCUUUUCCGGGGCCGAUAUGACAGGACUGUGCCGGGAGGCAGCGCUGGGCCCCAUCCGGAGCAUCCAGCUCAGUGACAUUGCCACCAUCACCCCCGACCAGGUGCGGCCCAUCCUCCACUGUGACUUCCAGGAGGCCCUGAGGAUCGUGAGGCCCAGCGUCUCAGCCAAAGACCUGGAGCUCUAUGAGGAGUGGAACAAUACCUUUGGUUGUGGUCGUUGAUCAGGGAAGCAGUAUGGACUCACAUUACACAUAUUAGCCUAUAUUUGCCAUUUACUGCUGUUGGGGAUAUAUUUAGUUUAUGUUGAGUAAAUAAAAUUGCAUUUUACAUUUCCCGCAACAGACUCUACCAUAAAAUGAGACUAUUUUAAUAAUCUGUCUCAAUGUUAACUUGAUUUUUCAUUUACUAAUCCAUGGCACAAUGUUUAUUUCCAAAUAUAGGCUAUUUGUUUUUCUACACUGUUGAUUCACUAAAUAAGAUGUUGGUGUAAGUAACAUGUUCCUAAUAAAUUUGCUAAAUGUUUUCUAUUGCGUUGCACAGCAAACAGGUUUUCCUUUGUAACACAGAGAGGAAAUGUGACAGUGUUUUUCUGAAAACGGGAUUACGGGAAAUAUUCCUUAUUCACUCCAUUAGCUAGCUAGCUACCUGUUUAUCCAAAGCAGGUGAAAUCAGGCCUACAUCAGCUUUCAGUUUCUUGUCAUCAUAAAUGUUUGUUAAAUGAGGUCUAGUGUCUCCCUAUCACUUGCAUAUCUUCAUCCCUUACAGUUUACAUUCGACCGUGAUCUGGCAAAGUUACUCCACCUCAAAAAUUCCAUUUGGCGAAAGCAGACCUGCCAACACGCACGCAUUUUGCGUACCAACUACGCAAUUAUCUGUCCAUGUAUGCAGGUACGAGAUCCGAUUUAAAAGUACGCAGAAAUGAAUAGGUCCUGAUUUAUUUAUUUUUGUCAUUUUAUUUACAUUUUAAUUUUUAAAAAAAUACAUCCACUGAGUAAAUCUAACAUCCUGAUUCUCGAGCUGCAACACACAGACGUGUAUGUCAACGGACAUGGAGAUUAAAACGUCAUUAUUCGAUGUAGCUACCCCGUGUCUGCCCCUCCUGUUUGUUAUGAUGCUGAGUUUGCCGACGUCAGCUGUAAGUAAAUACAUGGAGAAAUCCCUUUUUGACUCCGUGUGUUGUGGAAAGGUAAACACUAAUUGUUUCAAGUGAACAUAAGAUGAACAUUCAGUGGGCUCUAAAGUACCAGCAGUUCACUCGCAUUUGCCAGUGAAGGAAAUUGAAAUGCAAAUACGAAAAAUAACUUAAUUUGUGCGAGUGUGAUACAUUUAAUUCUGCGUCCCAUUAGUUGUAUUUUCCACGUAACAUUACGAGGAUCACACAACCUGGUAGACUAACUGUAAUUAUGAUCAACGUCACAAAAACCAUUACUAAAGUAUAAUAAAUGUAAUAUAUAUAAAUAUCUUGGCAUUAAAUGGAGUCGGGAGUUUAGAAGACUGCGCGAUUAAUGAAUGAGUGUCCGGUAUUAGCUAUAGAGGCUAUGCUUCUAAAAUGCCUUUGCACUAGAUUUUAGAUUUUGUCAAUUUCGAAAAUCUGAAUUGAUGUAUGCGCUGCAAAGAAAUACAAUAGCGAACAGCGUUCAGAUUCCCUUUGCGGUAACCAGUCUGCGCUCUGUGUCGAUGCGAACUUUUGUUUUUGUUUUUAUGUUUUCUAAAUGAUUUAGCUUUUAGUGUUGAUUAGGAACGUGUCUAAAAACCUGUGAGCUGGCCCUGGUGAUUGGCCCUGUUUGUAAGGUCACAAGCGUUCCUCUGCUUUAGAGACUAAACUUGAGGGGCCAAUGCAAGCUGGAUCUGAAGAACUUCUAUGCAGAUGUCAGAAAAUAAAUGUAUUUUGCAGUAGACUACAUGUUGCUGAAAUUUACAUUUGGAGAUGUGCUCCUUCAGCAUGCAGUGGUCACUGACAUUGCCAAAAGGCAGACUGACAAGUCCUCAUCCCUCAACUUUUUCAUGGCAUGCUUUCCCUUCAUUAUUCCUGAGGGAGCCUCUCUUGAUCUGGUGGAAGAGGAGUUUAGACUCUUAUCAGGCAACAACCUUUGAGCAGAGUCUGGUCAACAUGCGCACGGAUCAGGCCUAGAGAGAAAUCGGCACAAUGAAAAGGGAGAGGCAGCCUUGUCUACUCCCACCUUUCGGCUGUGAUGCUGGGGAUAUUGGUCAUAUUCCACAGCAAUGCAGACUGCGAUCGAAUAUUCAGUCUCGUUUCCAAGAACAAAACCCAGUACAGAGCCUCCCUCAGUACAGACAUGUCGAGUGCCCUCGUUACCGACGGUUUCAACGAUUGCCAAAGGAACUGUUUGCCACAGAGAAGUCUACCCUGAUGCCCUGCUGCGUAAGGCUAAAUCUACUAGCUACCAGGCAAAUCUGUCUAGGAAAAUGAUUUCCUGAACAGUUGAAGGUCUCCAGAAGAUUUGUUCUCACCCACUGUUUCCUAUCAUAGCCUUUUCGGUUUUAUUAUGGAUAACAUGUUUAUUUCAUACUGAUGCUCUUCAAACAUUUGUUCUUAUCAUAUCAGAGUUU